UACCCUCACUUCCCCCCAGCCACUCACCACACAAAUCUCUUAUAAUAUUUACUUUGUUAAAGUUCUCUUUUGCUCUCAAAUUUUAUCUCACCAUGUCGGAGGAGAAGCACCACCACCACCACCUCUUCGGCCAUCACCACAAAGACGAGGACAAACCAGUCGAGGAAGGCGUCGUCUACUCCGAGACCACCGCCUACAGCACUGAUACUACUUAUGGUGGCGAUGGACCCACCGCCUACUCCGAAAAUACUUACGGUACCGGCGUGACCACUGCCUACUCCGAGACUGCUUAUGGAGAGAAGCCGCCGCGGUCUGACUAUGAUGAUCAGCGCAAGGAGGAGGUUGAUUACAAGAAGGAGGAGAAGCACCACAAGCACCUUGAGCACCUAGGCGAGCUCGGAGCUGCUGCAGCUGGUGCUUACGCUUUGCAUGAGAAGCACAAGGCGGGGAAAGAUCCAGAGCAUGCACACAAGCACAAGAUCGAGGAGGAGAUUGCAGCGGCAGCAGCCGUUGGAGCCGGAGGAUUCGCCUUCCAUGAGCACCAUGAGAAGAAAGAGACCAAGGAAGCAGAGGAAGAGGCUCAUGGCAAGAAGCACCACCAUCUCUUCUAAGUGUUGCUUGCUUGCUUGCUUCUUGAAUAAUUAUAGUAAUUAUGUCUUAAUUUCCCGGACUUUGUGUUUAUGUUUGUUUGUUAAUUACGUAAUGUAUCAGUAAGCAGCUGCCCUAAAUAAUUUGUGAGUGUGGGUGACUUUGUGGGUGGUUUGAUAAUUUGCCCUUUGUCAUGUAAUGCUUAUAAUAAUGAUGUUUGAGAUGUUUUUAUUACAUAA